AACGUGAAUGGUUUACUCUAUGUAAUUUGCGAUGUUUAAGUUGAUAUUUCCAAGUUUUCCCUUGGAACAACAUUGUGCGAACGACUGUAUUAUUUCGAAUUACGAAUGUGUUAAAUACGUGUAUCACUGAUGUAUCGGCGAUGUUCUCACUGAGCGCGAUGGAUAUUGGAAAAUUCGUACUUGUUACAAUUAUACGCUACGUUCAUGUAAACAAUUGAAGAAAAUGAAUAAAAAUUAUAAUAGAAGAGUGCCAGAGUUUCAUGAUGAACAUUGCUGCACGGGGAAUGUUGCCGGCAACUUCCGGCGCACAUCUUCACUGCGACUGCGCGGUGAAAAGAUGGUGCAGCGCUCGCCUCUUUCCACGAGAAAAUUAAUUCCUGUAAUCACGGAGAACGGUCAUGAAAAAACCCGAAGCGAUGGAGCUCGACUCAUGGAGCCGGGCCAUCGCCAGAGAAGCCAUUCAUUCAGUUCAAAUGCCCAGCACAAAUCAAGAAAAUCCUGUUUGAAACCACCUGACAGCUAUGUUGAUGGCAAACUGGAUAUGACUGAUUCUGCCCAUACUCCACCUGGAUCCCCUGAGGAUUUACCUGAUGAUGACUCUCUCCAUAGUUAUGGUAGUGCUGCCACCGCAGCUUCUGUUGAUGCGGGCUAUGCCCCUUUCAAUGGAACUACUUUCAGCGGCCGUUCCAUGCGAUAUGUCCUACAUUGUUCCUCUCAUGCAGGUCUAGCAGGUGAUGAAUACCUAACACCAACACAACGUGCCCAAAAACAAAUCCGUCGCCUUAAAGGCCUACUCAGCCAUGCUAAAAAAGACUUAGAAAAAAAAGACAGUGAGAUAUUUCAACUCACAAAAGAAGUAGUUGAACUUCGCCUUUACAAAACAUCAAUUUGUUCACCAGAUGAAAAAUCAAACUCCAGUGAAAUUGUGACCAUUAGAGAAAAUGCAGAUGAUAUUUGUACAGAGCAAGAAAGCUUAAAACAUGACGAAGCUUGUAGUAGUUUUGAUGUGACAGAUAGUCCUCUGUUCAAAGAUCAAACUCCAACUCGCUGUCGAAAUGAUAUGCAAGGCUCAUUUACGGAUUCAGGCCACUUUGAUGAUCUCACAAACUCUUCUUUGCACUCUAAAGAAUCAGUUCAUAUGUUAACAAAUGAGGCAGCUUGCAUGACUGAAGAAGAUUCAGAGGAGGAGCGACGUAGCCUAAUAUCUUUUUAUGAAAAGAAGGUUGAAGAUGUGAUGAGAGCACAUGUGGGAGAAACGCAGGAACUAAAAAAAGCUCACAAUGACAAGGUGGAAGCUUUGCUGCAGAAGUUGGCUGAUGUGAACACACGCUACUGUGAAUUACUACCAAACUAUGAACAAGCUAAAGAACGGAUCCAUUCCCUAGAGAAACAACUAGAAGAAGCAAGCAAACAGUUGCAAGAAGAAGAACAUAGACAUCGCUCCAUGUACUUGCAAAUGUAUAACAAAGGAGUGGAAGCUGCUAAGUUUGAAUUAGAGAAGGAAGGUGAGGCAGGUACUUCACAAGUGAGCAGAGUGUCUGUUGAAGAACUACUUGAACAGCUGCAGAUUACCCAGACUGAGCUCGAAAAUGUCCGAGACACGGCAUUCACAGCGGACCGAACGGCAAAGUCACAAGUACUUCUAAGUGCAAAGGAGGCUGUUUCUUUGUGGGUCCUAGGAGCUCGAAAGGCAAUGUAUCGUCGCAUCGUAGAGUCGCAGAAAGGUAGCAAGACCAAUGUGGAUCCUGAGGUGACUUUGCAGUUCUUGAAAUCAGCUAUUUAUUAUUUCCUCACUGAUCCGGAAAACCACCAGGGUCAUCUGAAUGCUAUAGAGAACAUUCUAGGGUUCACUGAUUCUGAAAAAAAGAACAUACACAAGGCGAGAGCUACAUGAAGACUGCUGUGAACGUGUGAUAUGUCCAUAGAUUAUUUCUGUUGCUACUUAGAUAGGUUUUAAUAGUUGCAUGUUGUUGAAUAUGGAACCUAAUUACAUAAGUCCUAAUUUUAGAACAUAUGCACAUGACCAUGCAUUAUCUUUAAGGAACUCUGAUUUUAGUAUAAUUCGCACGUAAAAUACACUUUAUUUGUGGUGGUUGUUAUCUCUCAAUCUUCUUUUUUGUUUUAUAUCGAAUUUAUUUUUUAAAUAAGUUUUGUGAUUUCUGUUUAGUUCUUAAGGCCAAAGAAUUAAUUUCCUUUUUGUGCAAUUUUACAUUAGUUAUAAGGUAAAAAGUACAGUGAAACAACUACAUUCCAUGUACAUCUUUAAGUAGCAUAAGUGUUGAAUAUUAUAAUUUUAUUGUAUUUGUGGUGUUGUUUUUAGACUUGUUAUUUUUUUUUUUGCAUGCUGGUCAUUUUAUUUAAAUUAUUAAAUCAAGAUGAUUGGUAAAAAUGUCACUAUAAAUCUAAAGGUGAAUUUUAUACACGAGUAAGCGAAAGUUUACAACGGGAUUUGUUGUGUUGUAUUAUUUCUGGAUACUUAUUAAAUUGAUACUAUGAUUUACUAUAUGCAAAUUAAUACAUGCCUUUGGCAAUUUUGUUGAUUAAAAAACUCUGUGAGGCAUAUAAUUUUCAAUCCAACUACACAAUCUUUGUAACUAUGCCUCCUAUACCAAAAUCAUACAUGCACUACAUGGGAACACUGUGCGAUGAUAUGACAAUAGUCUUAAGGGGAAACCUAAGCCUGUAUUUAAAUAUCACACGUGAUAUAUUUAGCAUUAUUUGCAUAAUAUCUAAUAAUUUUACUUUAUAUGAAUUUUCCUACUACCUAACAAAAAAUUACUUAAUAAUUAUCCAGAAUUUGUACAAUAACUAACUUUUAGUUCCUAUUAUGGUAAUUAGUUCAAUACAUUAUAAGAUUUACCUUCAGAAUUUAAUAUUAGAUGUAAGAUUGUGUCUUGCCACGUUUAACUUGUCUGUGAUUGAAGAUAAAGUACUCUAACGAUUUGCAUAGUAGAUUUUUAAUUUUCAGUUUAAAUUUAUUUAUCGUCAGUCUCCAUAAUAAACCAUAAUUUUUAUUGUAUCACAAUUUGAUUUUUGCUAAAAAUGUUGACUUGUCUUUAGUUACUUGGACUACUUGAUAUGUACAUACUAAUUUAUUUAUACACUGUUUAGCAUAUCUUGUAUUGCAUUUUUUUACUAUCUUUAAGUUAUACAUACAUACAUACAUACACUUGUUAUUAUUAUAAUAUAAACUUACGUCUCAGAUUAGACUACUGAAAACAAAGAACCUGCUUAUGUUUCGAGAUGUAGGUAUCAUAUUUCAUAUGAUUAACAUCAUCUUUGGUUCACACUUAUAAAUUUUAUUUUUGUUAUGUAUAUAGUAUGUUGGACCGACCUGCAGAGAUGCAACCGCCUAAAACAAUAGAAAUAUUCAAUAACCAAAAACUCACUUUUUUGCAUAGAUCAAAUUAUGAAUACAAUUUUUUAGCUUAGUGCACCAUUGUUCUACUAAACUUCUACAUCUACACUAAAUGGAGCAUUCUACGUUAAUAUUUAUCGUAUGGUGUUCAGAUAGACUGCAAGAUUCCCGUACCUGUAUCUUACUGUUAUCUUCUAUAAUGCACGUACAUUAUUUAAGAUUAGAACGGAACAGUAAUGUCCGGCAGCUUUAAAUCUCAUGUAUAUUUAGCAAAAACACCUAUGAGCCAAAACUAAAAGCAGUAUUUAUCAUAGAUAAAGUAAAACUUUAUUAAGAAACAAUAUUAGCUCUCUGUUUGAUUUUUUCAAGAGAUCUGAGAACAAGAACUGCGUAUUUUAUCAUGCUGGAUGUACAUUCUCCUAAUUCUUAUUUCGACUGUAUUGUACAUUUACAUAGUAUCUUAUGUACAACUUUCAUAUAUUUACCAAAAGAUACGAACUACUUAAAAAUUAUUCCGUGACAUAAAUUCAUUUUGUUAUCAUUAAA